AUGGGAGCUUCAGGAUGUUCCUUUACGCAGAUAGUGCGUUACAUAAUUCUGGCAGUCAUUGUGUGGUACGCCGGAUACAAGCUGUUCACAGGUCACGGUGAAGACAUCAACUUUGGUAAGUUUCUCACCAGAACGUCACCUUACAUGUGGGCAAACUUAGGUAUUGCUUUGUGUAUCGGUCUCAGUGUGGUGGGUGCUGCUUGGGGUAUUUUUGUCACUGGUUCGUCCAUUAUCGGAGCAGGUGUGCGUGCCCCCAGAAUCACGACCAAGAACUUGAUUUCAAUCAUUUUCUGUGAGGUCGUGGCAAUCUAUGGUUUGAUUAUGGCGAUUGUUUUUUCCUCCAAAGUCACUGUCGCUACACCAGAGACUAUGUUCUCAAAAUCCAACCUUUAUACGGGGUAUUCCCUUUUCUGGGCCGGUCUCACUGUUGGGGUGUCUAACUUGAUUUGCGGUGUUGCAGUGGGCAUUACUGGCGCCACCGCUGCUGUGUCUGAUGCUGCUGACUCUGGUCUGUUUGUCAAGAUCCUGGUCAUCGAAAUUUUCGGGUCUGUUUUGGGCUUACUGGGCUUAAUUGUCGGACUGUUGAUGGCUGGUAAGGCCGUAGAAUUCCAAUGA